CCGUGUCCCAGCUCUGAACUUUAUAAUAAAAGCCAGCAGAACAAGAUAAUCUGCUGCUAAUAGGGCUUUUUAAUCUUUUUCUCCUGUGAGAGAAAAUGUUGGGAGUGUUCAGCGGCUCGAUCAUGUCUCCGCCCGAAGAGCUGGUGGCAGCAGGAUGCCGGACGCCGUCUCCGAAGAUCACGUCGGCGGCGCUCGUGAAACGCUUCCUUGACACCAAACCCUCAUCCGUUUCUGUACGGAUCGGGGACGAUGUUCAUGUGGCUUACACUCACCACAACGAGUCCCCUUUACAGCCCAGGGCAUUUGCUGUCAAGGAUGAGAUUUUCUGCUUGUUUGAGGGAGCACUUGACAACUUGGGCAGUCUGAGGCAGCAAUAUGGGCUGGCUAAGUCAGCUAAUGAGGUGAUUCUGGUCAUUGAAGCUUAUAAGGCUCUCCGAGACCGUGCCCCCUAUCCACCCAACCAUGUGGUUGGCCACCUAAGUGGCAAUUUUGCUUUUAUUGUCUUUGACAAGUCUACCUCUACCCUGUUUGUGGCUUCUGAUCAAUUUGGUAAGGUUCCUCUUUACUGGGGAAUCACUGCUGAUGGAUAUGUGGCCUUUGCUGAUGAUGCUGAAUUGCUUAAAGGUGCCUGCGGCAAGUCCCUUGCUUCUUUCCCUCAAGGUUGUUUCUUCUCCACUACGGUUGGAGAACUAAGGAGCUUUGAGAAUCCUAAGAACAAGAUUACUGCUGUUCCUGCAGAAGAAGAAGAGAUUUGGGGGGCUACAUUUAAGGUGGAAGGCCCAUCAGUUCUUGCAGCCAGAGAGUAGAUCUUUCCCCACAUGUUGGUAUCAAAACCUAUCCACAGAAUGAAAGAAAGAGGUUUCAUGUGGUUGCAAUUGGGAAUCCAUGUGAAUAUCUUAAUGAGUGUGCAACUUCUUUUUCUUUUUAAUGGUAUUGUGCUACUGUUUGUAGAAUGGGCAAGGGAAAAGCUGCAACUUUGUUUUGUAGUUAGCUUUAUGUUCCUAGGAACUUGCUGUCAGAAUCAGUCUAUUAUCUUUUCUUCUUUCAUUGUAUAGCUCCAACUUCUAGUUUAAUAAAAGUUGUUGCUUGAGGGUCUGAAAUCUGUUAUCCUGAAAUCCCUUAUUGCCAUGGUUU